AUGAAAGGCAUUCGGCGAUCCCUCAACAAGGACCGCAUCGGUGCGCCUGCGCCCGGCUCAGUGACCAAGAACGGUAUCCCUGCAGCGCAAGCACUCGCGCAACGCCCUACCGCCGCCCCUCCACCUCCAAAACUCGUCAUCCGCGCGACAACAGCCUACCGCGCCCAAACCCCUCAAGAACUCAGCUUCAACGUCGGCGACUUCUUCCAUGUGGUCAGUGACGAGGGAGGCGAAGACUGGUUCGAUGCGUCGAACCCGGUGACGAAUGCGCGAGGACUCGUCCCGGCGGAUCACUUCCAGGUGCUGGGGCGGAACGUGAGGGAGACGGCGAUGCAGGGCCAGCAGGCGAAGAAGCUGUCGAGCGGGAGCAUGAGCAGUGGGAAGUCGGGCUCGCAAGGGCCUAUCGCAGGAGGCGGGAGCUGGAAACCGGGCGCUCCGGCAGCGGUCGGCGCCAACAGCAGUUCGACCAAGUCCGCCUCCGCCAGUCCCUACGGCGCAGCAUCCUCUCCCACCUCUCCUGCCGGCAGCACAUCGAGCGGCGCACGACCACCGUCCCAACCCGCCGCGAAGCACCAACCCCUCUACGGCGUCGUCCAAUACGACUUUGUCGCCGAACGGCCAGACGAGCUCGACGCAAAGAAGGGCGAGCCGAUCAUCGUCAUCGCGCAGUCGAACCACGAGUGGUUCGUCGCGAAACCAAUCGGGCGACUGGGCGGACCGGGCCUGAUACCCGUCACGUUCGUCGAGAUCCAGGACAUGGCGACGGGCAAGCCUGUCGAGAAUGUCGAGGAGCUAAUACGAAGCGCGGUGGUGCCCAAGGUCGAGGAGUGGAAGAAGAUGACGGCCGAGUACAAGCAGGCGUCGAUCCCGCUCGGGCGCUUCGACUUCAGCAACCAGCCCUCUGCCCUCGCCUCGACUUCUGCCGCCUCGACCUCCGCCUCCUCCGCAGCACAUCCUCCCGACCAGUACGCCUCGUACGACUCGCAUCAGCAGCAGCAACAUCCGCAGCCGUAUCAAUCCCCGACAAGCCCUCACGACCAGCCGCACGACCAGCAGGGCUACGACGACGGUUGCGAGCAGCGGUACUCGUACUCGCGCGAGCGAAGGCAGUACGGCCUCGUCACGUCUGCGUCGGUCGAGUCGUUCCACCAAGAGGAGGGCUCGUUCUGGUUCCACCUGCGCGCGUUCUUCUCGACGGGCGCCUCGCUCGUCCUGUACCGCCUCUACCAAGACUUUUUCGACUUCCAAGUCGCGCUGAUGGCCGAGUUCCCUGUCGAGGCGGGACGCGCCCCGGGCGACGACGGGCGAACAGAACGCAUCUUGCCGAUGAUGCCCGGCCCGACCGACUACGAAGACGAAGUCGUCUGCGCACAACGCGUUCACGACUUGUCCAUCUACCUCGCCGACCUGUGCGCACUGCCCGAACACAUUCGCGGUUCGGGACUCAUGUACGAGUUCCUCGUCCCGAGGGCGGGAGACGUUGAGGUGACGCCCGGGAAUGUGCAGUUCAGCGCAGAGCCGAGUCCGGUGCCGAGUCAGGGUGGAAUGGAGAACCAGUAUGGAGAGGUUGUGGACUACCUCGACCAGAUGGACGGGCGGAGCGGAGGACCGAGAGGGUCCAGCGGUGGCCAGCAGCAGCAGGGGUAUGGCGCGGACGUUGCGGACCAGAUGGGACGGAUGUCGCUCAAUGGCGGGCAGUAUGGCGGGCAGCAGCGUCAGUCGCAGCAGCAGGGUUACAACGGUCAACACCCGUACCAGCAGCAGCAGCAGCAGCAGGGCUACUACGACGGGCCGUCGCAGCCGGCACUGCCGCCGAUGGGCAACGCGAAUCAGGGCGUCCCGUUCAUCAAGAUCAAGAUCUUCCACCGCAACACGGACGACCUGAUCGCGAUCCGCGUCCCGCCGACCGUCUCGCACCCUGCGCUGCUCGACAAGGUCCGCGAACGGCUCGGGAGCGACGUCACGCACCUGCGGUACCGGGAAGAGGUGGGUUCGGUUGCGCCGACGGCUGGGUCGCAGAUCGUCAUGGCGGGCGGCGCGCGGCUGAUCAUGCUCGAGAACGACGAGGACCUCGAGCGGUGGGUGCGGAGCGGCGCAAAACUCGUGUUGUACGCUGACUGA